UUCAAAAAAAAAGGGAAAACGGUGAAAGGAGGGGCUGCCACUUUCUCAGUGGCUCUCUUCACAGACGAUGAUCGUCGUCGCCGUCGCUCCCUGCUCCGAUCGGUCAGCUUGCUGCCGGUUGCCGGAGCGGUCUCUCCUCCGGAAUCCGUCUCUUCUCACUCCGUCCCCCCUCUCCACCUCCACCUUGGCUAACUGAAGGAGAGCUCGAGCUCUAAACCCCCGAAGAUCUACUAUUCUGCUUGUGCUGCGCCGACUACUGGCUAUCUGUGUGGAGCUGGUAGCGCUGCUUGGGAUAUUGGCGAAACGCUCUUACUAAAGUAUGUCGAAGUUGCUGAUUUUGUGAAAUGCUGUUACUUUUGCGACGACGAUGAUGAUGAUGAUAUUGGGUACAGGUAGUUUACUUUUUCAUGGCUGUAAUAAUGCGUCUCAGUCGCGAGCUGUAAGUGACGCAGCGUCUCGUCAUGUUCCUGAAUCAGAUGAUGCAUCUACUCAAGAGUUGCCAGAGGAUAACAUUGGUAAAAGGGGCCGAUUUAGUGUGUCUCAGUCAAGUGUGUCGGGAGCUAUAAAUGAGGAGGAAGCAUCUCUUCCUAUUCCGGUGCCAGAUGUUGCAUCCACUCGAUUGUUAACAGAUGGAAACGUUAGUGGAGAACGCCAGAGUAGAAUGGCUCGGUUGAGUCAAUCAAUAAAUGCUACAGUUGAUGGAUUUCGUGUUACCCGAUCAGCCAGUGCAUCUGCUCAACGAUCACCAUGUGAAACUGUUGCAAAAAAGCGCCGGACCGCUGCUUCUGUAUUGUGUCAAUCACAAGCUAUGAAUCACGACGCCUCUCUUCCUAUUCCUGAAUCAACCAAUGCAUCUGCAGACAUUACCCUAUGGAAAGCCAGUAGGAAGCUUCGAAGUAAUGCUUCUUGUUCAUGUCGGUUGGAGGCCAUUAUUGAUGAUGAACCCAUUCCUAUUACUGGAUCGACCAGUGCACCUGCUGGUCGGAAACGCCGAACUAGUGUGUCUCGAUCUAGUCAAUCACAAGCUAUGGAUGUUGCAGUGUCUCUUUCUACUCCUGCACCUGCUCAAGGAUUAUUGCAUGAAAUCAUUUGUAGGAAGCAUCGAACUAAUGUAUCUUGGUCAAGUCAAUCGCGAGCAGUAAAUGAUGAAGCAUGUCUUCCUAUUCCUGAAUCAAGCAAUGCACUAGCACAAAGAUUACCAGUUGAAUCCGUGGGUGGAAAACUUCAAAUGGAUGUGCCUCAGUCGAGUCAGUCACAGUCACAUGGUGUAAAUGAUGAAGCAUCUGUUCCUCUUCCUGAAUCAACCGAUACAUCUGCUCAAGCGUUACCUGAUGAAACUUUUAGUAGUGCAGUGGGUUCGACUUCCAUAAGAAAGAGAACAUGGGGAAAGACACGGAAUAUUCAGCUUCUUUUAUUGCCUAAUGGUCAAAAGCUUCCAUUAGAAUUUAAUAAACAUGGGCAACCGAUUGGUCUACAUGCUUCCAAAUUCUCGAGCUACCUUGGCAAUCUUGUCAGAAAUGGUGGCGAUGCGCCAAUUUCUCUACUUCAUUGGGAAAAUGUCACAGAAGAAACAAGGGAAAAGAUCUACGCUCGUCUCUUGGAAAAAUUUGAGUUUGCAGAGACUCCAUUGAUUAAAGAGAGAAUCAUGCAGAAAAUGGGAAAGAAGUUCUGUGAUCACAAGUAUCAUUUGAAGCAUGACUACUACGAUAAAUAUGAGACGACAGAAGAAAGGUUAGCAAAUGUCCCCGAAGGCAUCAGUAAGAAUGACUGGGCAGCAUUUGUCUCAUACCAUGACAUGGAGGAAACGAAGGAAAAGUGUGCUAAAAAUAAGUGCAAUCGAGCAAAGCAAGUAAUCCCACAUUACACAGGCUCUAAGAGUUAUGCUCAAAUCAGAGCAGAGGAGGCUAAAAAAGAUCCCGAACUUCGUGAGCCUUCUCAAUUGAAAAUGUUUCGUAUUGCUUAUACAAAAAAGAAUGGAAGUGUGGGUUCCUCUGCUGCCCAAGAGAUCCUGGAGAAGUUUGAGAAUCUGUCUAAUCAAUCGGAAGAUUCCUCUAGCUCGAAGAGAGAGGACGAGAUCUAUCGUCAGAUCAUUGGACCCGAGAGGCACGGCAGGGUCCGUGGUUUUGGUCUGGGUCCCACGCCUUCUUCUGUGUUUGGAAAUACUCCGAGUCGUACAGAGCUCAUGAACCAACUCAGAGAGGCCAGCGAACGCAAUGAUGAGCUGCAAUCUAGGAUCCGGGAGCUGGAGAAAAAGAUUGAAGAUGACAGGAAGAAGAUGGAAGAGCAGAAGAAGAAGGCGGAGGAGGACAGAAGUAAGAUGGAUCUCCUAUUUUCUAUCGUGGAAGAAAUGAGGGCCAGGCCUCGGUAGAGCGUAGGACAUGUUUUCUUUUAUUAACAUCGGUAAAUGAAUCGGUUACUCUAUCUCUAGGGUCAUGAUCAUCGAUGUAUGUACAUUGUAACUUAGAUUUGUACUUGUAACCCUAUGUGUUUGUAAAUCUGUCUUCGAAAAGAAUGCUAUGGUUGGCAUUUAUAACAUGAACCAGAAAUGAAAAAUAUAUCCGCCAUUAAGAUUGUUCCGAGCCUGUUAAA